AUGUCCCAGCCGUCGAAUCCACAGCACGUGUUUCCGGAAGAAUGGCUUCCUGACACAAGGAGACAAUACUUUCCAGAACCUCGCCAGCUAGGCUACCCCCAUCCACAACCGUCUCCAAGCUUCCUUCAGUACCAGCCUCCGCUACCUCUCCAGCCAUACGCCUACGAGGAAACCCUCUGGAAACACGAGUACGAAGAACCAGUCAAGGCUCGGGAACCCAGAAAGGAAACCGACUCCACCGUCAUCGAACGCAUCCAGCUUCUUCUACCUGCGCCUCCUUUGGCCAAAGCACCGCUUCGACCGGAACCUCUCACGUCACAGUCGCCUCGUCGAGCCAAACGAAAGCUGAAGUUCACCAGAGAACAAGACCAGCUUAUAUUGUCGCUCAAGCGCCAGGGCAGACUGUGGGUGGAGAUCGCCAACAUCACCAAUGUCGGCUCGUACCUAGCGGCCCGAAACCGGUACCAGGUGAUUGUCGGUCAGCAAGGACUGAACCAUCUUCUGCUGUGGACUCCAGAAAGCAAGCAGUAUCUCCAACGGCUUCUUGAUGCGGGAGAACUCUGCAAAUGGGACUACAUUGCACAGCGUCUCUCACGGUCUACUGGGAAGCAUUUUACGCUGAAGAUGUGCCGGGAUUUUGCCCGGUUCUUGUUGUUCAGCGACCCGGAGUCGUUGGGAGUAACGCAAAAGACAGUCCAGGAACUUGAAAAGGAGCACGAGCUUACCAACAAGUUGCUAAGACAGGCGGUCCUCUAG